AUGGAAUUAAACCGUUUAACCUAUACCUACGAAUACGUGUGCAACUUGAUCGAACAAGGAGUUAUCGUAGAUAUUGAUACAGUGGUUCCAGUCAUGGGUGGUUUAACGCUGCUUCAAAUCGCAACUUUCAACAAUGAUAAAAAAUUGGUGGAUUAUUUGCUUCACAAGAAAGCUGAUGUUCAUUCAAAAAGCCGAUACUGGGGUACAGCUCUUCAUACUGCUGUCAUAAUGAAGUACCUGCCUAUAACUGAGAGUCUAAUCAAUUAUGGGGCAGAUGUUAAUGCUCGGGUACUUGUGGACCCUUAUGUUACUCGUUUUCGGUAUCCAGUGUCCGAAAAUGAUAAAGAUAUUCCUGAGUUUUUAUUGAAACGAGACGACGAUGUGAAUAGGACAUUGAUUCUUUAUGAAUUGUGUUUUGCCAAAUCACCAUUACAAAUUGCUAUUGAUCAAAGUGAAGAAGAAAUGGUGGAGCUACUUUUAAAAAGUAAUGCAGAUCCGAAUCUUGUUACUACUUUUUUAACACCACUAAACUGUGCUAUUAGUGAAAAAAACUCACUAAUUACAAAGCUUCUGCUGGCAUACGGUGCAGACGUUAAUAGUGUAAGUGGUUUUGGUUUUUCAAUAGGAAGUUCUCUACAUUUUGCUGUCAAAUGCCUGAACACGGAAGCAGUAGAAUUGAUCCUUAGUGAUAGUAUGGUUGAUCCAAAUAUAGUGACAGUGUGUGAAAAUUCAGCGCUUCAUUAUGCAAUUGAGUUCGCGAUCGACGAUAAGAUCAUAAGACAACUUCUAAAUGCUGGUGUUGAUAUCAAUUUAAUAAACAGUGAUGGUGAAACAGCUUUUACUUCAAAUCUAAAUAAUUCACCAAAAGUUAAUGACGCAAUUAUCGAACAUAUUGCAAAACUCAUGUUUAAUGAAAUAGAAAAAAUGAAGAUAACAUAUGUUUGUACGAGCAAUGUUACAUUUUAUAGUGUUCUGUGUAAUAAAUGUGAGCACAAAUUGGCUGUUAGUUUAAAGUAUGUUAGUGAUAGUGAUAUUUUUGAUUUGGACAUUCCAUCUCUUUUUCCACUGUACGGUGGAAUGAUAAGUUAUCGUUUAAAAAAAGCAUUAGGACGAAAAAAAAUGUUGUUCAAAGCUAUUAGUUUAACUAACGAUAUUUUCGAUGAAAUCCAACUCCCAAAAAUAUUUUUAAGGAACAUUAUUAAGUUUGUAUCAAAUCAGUAG